GGUGGAGCUCCCGGCGCAGUCCGGCUCGAGAGAGAGACUCGCUUCCUCUCCACUCGACUCGUUCUCUCUCAGCGCGGCGCUUCGCUCCUUUCGGGAAGAGCUGCUCCGUCUGCUGUACCGUGACACGUCGAGAGGGUGUCGAUUUUUCCGACAUGGUGCGGGUGUCGUGGGCAUGAGCCGAGUUCGUUCGUCAGUUCGUUUCCCGUGAAUCGCCGAGACGAGAGCCAAGCGACGAAGAUGUUGGUGCCGCCGGAGAUGCUGACCGCCCAGUCGAAGAUGGUCUACCAGCUGAACAAGUACUUCGGCGAGCGGGUGAUGGCCCGCAAGAGCCAGGUGGCCAAGACCAUCCAGGAAGUCUGCCGGGUGGUGCAGGACGUGCUGAAGGAGGUCGAGGUGCAGGAGCCGCGCUUCAUCUCCUCGCUCACCGACUACAACGGCAGGUUCGACGGCCUCGACGUCAUCUCGCCGACCGAGUUCGAGAUCGUCAUCUACCUCAACCAGAUGGGCGUGCUCAACUUCGUGGACGACGGCACCCUGCCCGGCUGCGCCGUCCUCAAGCUCAGCGACGGCCGCAAGCGCUCCAUGUCUCUCUGGGUCGAGUUCAUCACUGCAUCGGGCUACCUGUCCGCGCGCAAGAUCCGCUCGCGCUUCCAGACCCUGGUGGCCCAGGCCUGCGACAAGUGCGCCUACCGGGACUCGGUCAAGAUGAUCGCCGACACGACCGAGGUGAAGCUGCGCAUCCGCGAGCGCUACGUCGUGCAGAUCACGCCGGCGUUCAAGUGCGCGGGCCUCUGGCCGCGCUCGGCCUCGCACUGGCCGAUCCCCCAGAUCCCCUGGCCCCACCCGAACCUCGUGGCCGAGGUCAAGACCGAGGGCUUCGACAUGCUCUCCAAGGAGUGCAUCGGCCUGCAGGGUAAGCAGUCGGCCAUGGAGGGCGACGCCUGGGCGCUGAGCUUCCUCGACGCGGAGAACCGGCUGCUGCAGGGCGCCAGUCGGAGGCGCUGCCUCAGCAUACUGAAGACGCUGCGGGACCGGCACCUCGAUCUGCCCGGCAACCCGGUCACCAGCUACCACAUGAAGACGCUGCUGCUCUACGAGUGCGAGAAGCACCCGCACGAGGCCGAGUGGGACGACGUCUGCCUGGCCGACCGCAUCAACGGGAUAUUCCUGCAGCUGAUAUCGUGCCUGCAGUGCCGGAGGUGCCCGCACUACUUCCUGCCGAAUCUCGACCUGUUCAAGGGAAAGUCGCCGAGCGGCCUGGAGAACGCGGCCAAGCAGGUCUGGAGACUGACCCGCGAGAUGCUGACGAACAGUGCCGCGCUGGAAAAGCUCUAGUUCCUCCACCGCCGCGCGCGCGCGAAGAGGAGUUCUCGUAUUUCUUGUUUUCGUUCGAACUUUCAUUCUGUGAUGCUCGAUCCGAUGUGAUGCGAGCGACUCGAUAAAGGACUAUGUUUGCGUUUUUUUUUCUUCGAAUUUUAGUGCCAUAAAUAUCUACACGAACUGACGUUUCGAGUGCGUGUCGUCGGAGAGAUCGAAAGUGAAUAUGAGCCCCGUUUGUUGUUGUGUUUAUUACUAUAGUAUACGUUUCGCUUAAUUUCCGCUGGAGAACUAUUUCUUUGACUUUCGCAACGCGAAGCGCGACUGCCGAACGAAAAAUCCGAUUUUGGAGCAUAAGAUGAUAAACGUGUUUUCGUUGUUGUUAGUGUAAUUUUAAAAUGUACGAGAGGAAGACACCGGCGGUGUAAGCGGAUAGAGUGUGCGCGUGUCUGUUUUGGAACGAGAAAGCCGUCGUAUACCAGUGCAACUCGGCGCAGUCGGAGACGUCGGAAGGAAGCCGGCGCGCAGUGCGAGCAGAUAUCAGCCGAAGCGACGGCGGACGUCGAGAGCGUGUCGCAGCGAGUGCCGGUAUGGGUGUUCGUGAAAUGGAAGAGAUUCUGUAUACGAGUGCAUUACUGCCAAAUUAACGUCUAUUGUUAUACGUGUAGAGAUUGCAAUUUUUAAUUUCGUCUUUGUUAUAUGAUAUUGAAGUCAAACUUUAUUUAUCGAUGCACGAGAGGUUGUAAAGAAUAAAAACUUUGUAAAACACUGUAUUUAUGAAGACUCGUCGUCUGCUUCGAAAUCUAGCAAUUUCUCCAUACUCUUUGUAUCUCGCUUUUGUAUAUACGAUGUUGAAAAACUAUUUAUUGAAUUGUAAUGAAUUUCGAAAAUACAGUAAUAUUUAUACGAAA